CUCUUACUUACCUUUGAAAUACCACUGCGUUUUGCGAACCUUAUUCCUGAUCCGUGCCAGAAACAAGCGAGCUAUCCCAAUCUCGCCAGCGCGUUGUGCGGUGAACCCCUUCUAUUGCGAGCACUCUCAACAAACUCCCAACACUUUCAGUUGGCCAGCAUGAUGGGGAUCCCUCCCCGUCUGCCGGUACCUGCCACCUCGUGACGCCGUGAAGGGUACCGACUAGAAUUGGUCUUGAAGAAAUUACAGGAAUUUGGCAACCGACCGCCGAGUGGUUUGGAAUUACGUAUAUUGACUGUCGAUAGUUUCCCAUGAUGGACAGCAGAGCGGGAAAGGGACGCGGGGACGGCACGACGUGGGGGUUCCGCCGCGUGGGCAGCCGCGACCUGCGCGUGCUGCUGAUCGCCAUGGCGGCCGCCAUCCUGCUCAUCGCCUCCUUCUCCCGGCCGCGCGCCAGUGCGGACGAGCGUGACCUACUAGAGGAUGCAGGGGGCCUCCCCACAGACAUAGACGAGGACGCAGUAGCGGCCAUGGAUGAGUGGGACGCCAUCGACCGCCUGCCCUGGCACCGAGUGCCGCCCCCGCCUGGCGCUCUGCCCGGGGGUAACGGCACACAGGGGGGAGAUGGGGCGGGCGCAGCGGGGGAAGAGGGGGAAGGGGCGGAGGGGGAUGAGGGGGCUGGGGGGAAGGGGAAGAAGAAGAAGAAGAAGGCGAAGAAGCCACCCCCGCCUGUGAGGAGGAUCGUGGAGGUGGCUGAGGCUGAUGCGUGUGCUGUGCCGCGGCCCGUGGUGGCAUGCAGACUGCCCAAGGGGCAGCGGGUGGAGCUGGUGUUCGUUUCGGCCAUGUGGGAGCGAGAGGCACAGACCAAGGACGAGACCGAGUCCAUGCUCAAGUCCCUCCUCUACGGCACGCGCUGCCCCCUGCACAUCCACUUCAUCAUAGCGGGCGAGCCCGAGCAGUCCGCCCUGCGCUCUCUAAUGGCGUCCCUUAAAGCCACCGAGCUCUUCCCCAACCCCUCGCCCUACAUCCACCCCAAGCGCCGCGGCGCCACCGUCGGCAACCCCUCGGCCAAGGAUCUAGCGGCCAGGGGGUAUAGUAAUGGGGUGCCGAGCCGGCAGCGCGCGGCGGUGCUGUUCAGCUUGCACUAUCUGCCGAUGGAGUAUGUGGUGGAAAGGGCAAAGGCGCUGCACCUGUGGCCGCUGGCGCACCACGCGGGCGUGCCGGGCAUGAGCAAGUUCUUCAUGGCCGAGAUACUGUGGCAGGUACAACGAGCCAUCUACCUGGACGUGGACAUGAUCGUGGCGGGCGACAUCCAGGACCUGUGGGACUUCUUCCUGUCCAUGGCGCACGACCCCGACCUGCUCUACUUCAUCAGCAACAACCACCCCGAGGGCGCCAACGCACGCCGCCUCCUGCGCCCCUACUGCUCCUGCCAGAUGGUGCUGGACCUGCAGAGAAUGCGCCAGGCCAACCUCACUCAGCUGUUCGUGGACACGCUAGGCCCGCACAAGCCCAAGGAGCUAGCGGACUACGUGGAGGACGGCGACCAGUUCCUCUUCAUGUGGACGUGCAAGCAGAUGCCCAACCGCUGCCGUGUGCUGCCGCGCCUCUGGAACGUCUCCGGCUGCACCAAGCCGCUGCCCUUCCUCGGACUCACCUCGAGAGGGCGCGAGGCAAACGGGAGUUGCUGGCGGAUUGUGCAUUUCAACUGCAUGGGGCAUACGAGAGGAGGGCAGGGGAGCUAUGUUGUGCCGCCGGAAUGGGAGGAGGCCGCCUCUUGGACACGGAGUUUGAGACUGGAGGAUUUGAGACGGUUGCCAAUAGCUUGAUAAAAGCUAUUGAAAUGGACUGAAGAGAAUUUGCAUGCUGGAUAACGGGGUAUGCAACAGAAGAUGGGGUUAGUAAAAGUAUAUGUGCUAUAGCCUAUAGCCCCUCAAUGAAUUAACAGACACGACAUGAUACACCUGGCCAGUGCUUGGGUGCAAAUUAUUUGUGGGCCCUUGGUUGCGAGUUCCAUGUUUUUGGGA